ACAGAAAUCAAAAUAUUAGGUUUUGCGUUGUUCAUAUCAAAAGCGAACAAAAAAAGAGAAGAUGAUAGAGGUGGUGUUGAACGAUCGAUUGGGGAAGAAGGUGAAGGUGAAGUGCAACGAAGAUGACACCAUCGGCGACUUGAAGAAGCUGGUUGCUGCUCAGACUGGUACACGCGCCGACAAGAUUCGUAUCCAGAAGUGGUACAAUGUCUACAAAGACCAUAUUACCCUCAAGGACUACGAAAUUCACGAUGGCAUGGGCCUUGAGCUCUACUACAACUAAUUCAAACCAAUAGGUUUAUUUUGUGAUGGAAAUACGCCGGGGACGUAUCUGAGGUACCAUGUUCUGAAUAAAAGCUUGAUCGUUGGUUUGUAAUGAAAAGUUUGACAUAUUUAAUCGACUCUAAGGAAAAUGCUCAACUUUGUGAAUGCUAUGUAACUGGUUGGUAUUUUACCUUGUGUGCAAGGAAUUAUAUCUGUGCUUAGAGAUUUUCUCACUAGAAAAACUGAGGCUGGAUGUUACCUUUGGCUAUGUAAAAUAAUAGAAUUUGUGACUGAGCUUCCUUGUUC